AUGGGGCCCGGGCAGGAGCAAGAGCACUGCUUCCACGAGUACCGCGUGUACGUGGAGGCCAUCCUGCGCCCGCUCCGGGCGGAGGUGGUGGAGGCUGCCGCGAGGUGGAAGAAGAUCUCUGGCCGCGCGGUCCUGGAGCAGGCCCUGCUGUCGUUCCUCGCGCAGCUGAGGAACUAUGUCACGGGCUGCGACGACCGCAAGCUGAGCAAGGCCGCGCUGCGGCGGGCGCGGGGCAUCGAGACGGCCCUGGGAGGCGUGGCCGAGCGGCUGCUGGCGCCGCUGCUGCACGCCGGGGCCCUGGCGCCGGAGGACCUCCACGGCAUCUGGCGGGGCUUCUCUGAGGUGCGCGGCUGGCGGGACUCGAAGGUGCCCCAGGAGUGCUUGCUGCAGAUGCUCCGCGGGGCGCUGGAGCAGCUGAGCGACGCUGACCAGGAACGGAGGGGG